AUGAGUGGGGCCUUUCAAGAUGUAUGGAAAAUUGCAUUCUUGAGACACCCAGAGUUACCCAAAUGUCCACCUCGCCUUGACUAUUCGACAUGGGCUUUUUUACUGUUUGGUCGUGCUAUAUGCAUGGCGUGCGGUGAAUAUGGGGCUAUGACGGAUUUCGCGUUCUGUCAAAGGUACUGCCAACACUGUAUGACACGAAACUAUCGUUACUUUAGAGACCUAAGAGACAGUAAUGGGGAGCACCUUUCACUCGACCACCCAGUGGUUUCGAUGGUUCCGCAUUCCUUCAGAAUCAAUGCCCAUACUUAUACAUUUGCACCGCCAGUUAUCUGGAGAGCAAGGGUUUUGAAGAUAAUGUUUGACGAUACAAUGAAAAAGGUUACAUUACUACGGAUCCUCAUUGAUCAUGGAUUUCCCGAGCUCACCGAAAUACUCAACGCGUACACGGCGUCCAGAAUAUCUUAUGUUUCCCAACAUCAUGCGGCUGCGGAAAAUGCCAAUGGCUGGGCCAUCGAAACCUAUAAAUCAUGGAUGCGUGAGCGACAAAGUGACUUUAAAUCUGCUAUCUAUCGGUGCGACAAUCAAAUGAAGAGUCUGGGCUAUGACCCGAGAGAUAUAAAAAACGCGUGGCCCUUCAUAUCAGGGGUCAUCAAAGAGAAUGCUGUACGGAAGCUUACUUCUAAAGGCAAAAAACUUGAACCUACGGUUAAAGGUUACGUCAGGAAAUCGAUGCUAAGUCGACUUAAGUCUGAACGCGUAGAGUAUCUCUCCGGCCUUUAUACAGCGUAUCAGAAAACACAGCUCCCGGAGAAAUGGCCUUUUUUCCCUCCAUCCUAUCUCAUCUCAACGUCCGAAAUCUUUUACCCCUUUCUUCAUUCUGAAGUCCCUUACAUUGGCGUUGUCGAACUUGAGGAUGUAGCGCUUCUUUUUGAGCGCUUGGCUCGUCAUUGGGAAAAGAUACAUCAGCUGCAAUUAACUGGAUUUCUACGGUCUGAUGGUGCUAUGCAUCAAUUGAACGAUAUUAAGCAAUUUGACUCUGCGACACUCAUCGUGUCCUGUCUUGAAUGCGAGAAGCGAAACUGCAAAGGAAGAGUACUCGUUGGAUGGGAUACAAUCUUGGGCCACUUCUCCGGAUCCUCGUUGAGCACAUACCGUAGCUCUUGCUCUACAUACAGAUACAACGCUCCUAUUUCAACCUUUGCGUGCGCUCUACUGCAGUCAGUUGGCCUGGAUCCUUGCAUGACAACUGUCCAGGAUAUGGAUUGUCGGAAAGACAGAUUUUUAUGUGGUAAUUGUACACCUACAGCAACUUCUCGUGGAAUACUGAGCCUGAAAGUUUUUACAUGGCACGAGUUUAUGUCUCAUCAAACAGAUAUGGUUCAUUUAGGAGAGCUUUCUCAUUGCCGGAAUGCUUCGUGGCGUAUAUUGACACCUGAAGCCAUAAAAUUUGUACUUGCUCAGGAACGCGCGCACCCGCUACCAGUCUGGAAAGCAUGGUGCUGUAACCAUUGUUCCAUGCACUAUGAGGGAGGUGUGACGCAACAAGUCGCAAUCGGGCAUGUGAAAGAAACAUUCUAUCGAAAAGCCAAAAGUGGGCAGGGAUAUUAUUGUGGAUAA